UUGUUGAUCAGCUGUGUUAUGUUUUUCAAUCGAAAAAAAAACAGAAAAUGAUUUCGUAUCUAGUUCAAAACUAUGUUAACACUAUUGACAAGUAUUCAAUAUGUAGAAAUUGUUUUAACAAAUCGGAAAAGCGUUAUAAACUCAGCGGCAGCGAUGAAAACACCUUCUGCUUCCUUUCGAUUGAUUCCAUCGAGCUCAACCGGUUCCUGUUGGAUCUCCAAUGCUUCCCUCUGUAUCGGCUAAUGAUCGCAAAUCUUAUUGCGGAUAUCUGGAGAAGUAACCAUCAGAGAGUCGUGAUUAGAAUCCAUCCACCCUCACGGGAACCAAUGGACUAUGCGUGGGGUGAACGAGCCAAUCAAAUGAUGUGGGAACGAAUCGAGUUAGACGAAAUGAUGUCCUGGUUGUCGACAUUGGGGGGAGCAUUCUCUGCUCUAGGUGACUAUAAACUAACUUGCGCAGAUACCGCUGGCCGGAUAUCAGUGCAACAGAUGAAGUUAGCAAUCCGUUUGGGUGAACCAUCGGUCAUAGCACGAUGUCGUCUUUAUAUGGCCAUUGCAUUGAUUCAAAGGUACGAAUUCGCAGCGGCUAAACAUAUCGUGAAACAAAUUUAUCGUCGGGAAAAGCGAAAAACUGAACCAGACACUAGAUUGGUGAAAAUGUGUAUGGGAAUUUGGGCCAAGAUGAGUUACGAAUACGACAUGUACCAAAAGAAGCUGAAUAGGCCAAAACAAUAAGUAGUCAAUAGAAAAAUUUGUUUUGAAAUGGAUUUUAAUUAGAUGAUGAAAUGAUUGCGUUUACAUAAUGAAAAAAGUGUUAUUUAUUGUAUGAAAUUC